CCAUCACCAACAAUGAGGGCGAAUCAGUGAAUGGAUAAUGGUGAAGCUACUGCCUUGAUUAGUACUCUUUACCCACUGUUCAGCCAUUUUGCACUGGGCGAGGAAACAAAAUGACGGGGAGAACUGUUAGCUGGUGGACUCAUUCCAAAACCGUGACUUUGAUCUGGCUCCUCUCUGCAUUCUUAUUCUUCUGCUUGUUUCGAAUGGCUAUACUCAAUUCUUCACACGCCGUAGUACCAUCUUCUUUAGAUCCGAAAAUUUCAAACUCGGAAAGAAGAUCCAAAUUAUAUGAAAAUAUGGAAAGAGAUCUGGAUGAGCAUGGAGCUGUUUUCCUAAAGCGUGGUAAAACCUCCCAGUCAUUGUCUCUUUCUGAUCUCUUUAUGCUAAAGGAUGGAUCAGUAACACCAGUGCUAAAGCCUGCAAAUCCUCCUGUAAGAGCUAAUGUUUUGUAUUUGAGCACUGAAUUCUCAAAUCCCAUAUCGAAGGCUGUAAAGAAUAUUUUCCACCCAUACUUUGAUAAAGCAAUCUGGUUUCAGAACUCUAGCAUGUACCACUUCAGCAUGUUUCAUGCCUCGCACCACAUUGCACCUGUACCUGCCACCAAAGAGGAGAUAGAUGCUGAAGCAGCCUCUGUGCAAGCCGUUGCUCAGACAUUCCGUCCUUUGAAUAUUGUAUUAGAUAGGGUGGUUCUGACUUCAACAGGAGUGCUUUUGGGUUGUUGGCAGGUCACUUCUGGGACAGAUCCCAUAGCUAUUCGCGCUAAGUUGAGAAAUGUGCUUCCACGUGCACCAGAGAAACAACUUUAUGAUGCUGCUAUUCUUCACACGUCUUUUGCAAGGCUUUUGGGUCGACCUAAAGCGUUGCCUAUGGUAGAGCUGCAUACAACCUCAGAAGAACUCCAAUUCUUCCAUGAGCUAGUUAAUCGACUCAACACAGACCUCCAUGGGUUCAAGGCAACGGUGUCUGAACUCUGGUACGUUGAGGAACAUGACUUGCUUGCCCUUGCACUGAAUGGAAGAAUGAGCGUUCGCAGGUUCAAGCUUGGCUGCUCAAGAACAUGAAGUUGAACAUAGACAUAGAUGCUUGUGAAUAAAACUUAAUAUUACUUGAUGCAAUGAAGGUUCUGGUAUAUGCGUAAUGACGAGUGAUUGCCCACAAAAGGAAAGAAUGAAAACAUACCCACUUUUUUGACGGUUGGGGAAAAAAAACUUUUAGUUGUUGGGUUUAUUAUUGAGUAAAGUGUUUAACUUUUUGUGACUGGUGACUGGUAUAAAGUCGUAAUAAUUUUUUUUUUCGGGCUUUUGACUUUUAA